AUGGCAGGUACUAAAGAUACAAAUUUACCCUUUUCAAGGGAUUCGUUAGAACAAUUACUAAAAAGAAGAUUCUUUUAUGCACCAUCAUUUGAAAUUUAUGGAGGUGUAGCAGGAUUAUUUGAUUUUGGACCACCAGGAUGUGCUUUUCAAACCAAUAUUAUAAAUGAAUGGAGAAAACAUUUUAUUUUGGAGGAAGAUAUGUUAGAAGUUGAAGCCACCAUGUUAACUCCAUAUGAAGUAUUUAAAACAUCAGGACAUGUUGAUAGAUUUUCAGAUUGGAUGUGUAAAGAUUUAAAAUCUGGAGAAAUUUUUAGAGCAGAUCAUUUAGUUGAAGAAGUAUUGGAAUCAAGAUUAAAGGGAGAUAAAUUAGCAAGAGGUGAAAAAAUCAAUGAAGAAGAAGAUGAAGAUAAAAAGAAAAGAAAAAAAAAAGUUAAAGAAAUUGAAAAUGUUAAAUUAGAUGAUGAAGUUGUAAAAGAAUAUGAAAAUGUUUUAGCACAAAUUGAUGGAUAUUCAGGACCUCAAUUAGGAGAAUUAAUUACUAAAUAUAAUAUAACAAACCCAGGAACUGGAGGGAAAUUAGAACCACCGAUUGAAUUUAAUUUAAUGUUUGAUACAGCAAUUGGACCAUCUGGAAAUUUGAAAGCUUAUUUACGUCCAGAAACUGCACAAGGUCAAUUUUUAAAUUUUAAUAAAUUAUUAGAAUUUAAUAAUGAGAAAAUGCCAUUUGCUUCAGCAUCAAUCGGUAAAUCAUUUAGGAAUGAAAUUGCUCCAAGAGCUGGGUUAUUAAGAGUAAGAGAAUUUUUAAUGGCUGAAAUUGAACAUUUUGUUGAUCCUGAUGAUAAAUCUCAUUCAAAAUUUGAUGAUGUUAAAGAUUUAAAAUUAAGAUUUUUACCAAAGGGAGUACAAGAAUCUGGGUCUACUGAAUUAAUUGAAAAAUCUAUUGGUGAAGCUGUAAAAACAGGAAUGGUUGAUAAUGAAACUUUGGGAUAUUUCAUUGCAAGAAUUUAUUUGUUUUUAACUAAAAUUGGUGCUGAUCCUUCAAGAUUAAGAUUUAGACAACAUAUGUCAAAUGAAAUGGCACAUUAUGCAUCAGAUUGUUGGGAUGCAGAAUUACAAACUUCUUAUGGAUGGAUAGAAUGUGUUGGUUGUGCAGAUAGAUCAGCUUAUGAUUUAUCAGUUCAUUCAGCCAGAACUGGUGAAAAAUUAGUAGUUAGACAACCUUUACCAGAACCUAAAAUUGUUGAAGAAUUUGAAAUCGAAAUUGCCAAAAAGAAAUUUGGACCAAAAUUCAGAAAAGAUGCUGGGGUUGUUGAGAAAUGGCUUACUUCAAGAACUCAAUGUGAAUUAGAAGAUUUCGCUAAAGAAUUAAAAGAUAAUGGUAAAAUAGUUGUAAAAGUUGAUGGUGUAGAUGGGGAUAUCGAAUUAGAUUCAGAUUUAAUAAAAGUUGAAAAAGUCAAAAGAACAGAACAUAUAAGAGAAUUUACUCCAAAUGUUAUUGAACCAUCAUUCGGUAUUGGACGUGUUUUAUAUUCAAUUCUUGAACAUCAAUUUUGGGCAAGAGGAGAUGAUGCAGAUAGAGGAGUAUUAUCAUUACCACCAAUUGUUGCCCCAACAAAAGUAUUAUUAGUUCCAUUAUCAAACAGUUCAGAUUUACAACCAAUUGUCAAAAAAGUUUCAACUCUUUUAAGAAAAGAAAAAAUUCCAUUUAAAGUUGAUGAUUCAUCUGCAUCAAUUGGUAAAAGAUAUGCAAGAAAUGAUGAAUUAGGUACUCCUUUUGGUAUUACAAUUGAUUUUGAAUCAAUAAAUGAUGAUUCAGUAACUUUAAGAGAAAGAGAUUCAACUAAACAAGUUAGAGGUUCUAUUCAAGAUAUUGUUGAGGCUAUAAAAGAAAUUACAUAUAAUGAUUCUACUUGGGAUAAAGGAACUGCUGACUUAAAACCAUUUGAAACAUCAUCAGCUUAG